CACAGGCCACCGCGUCGCUCCGCGGCAGCCGGGCGGCCCAGGUGUGUCCCCCCCGGCGGCCCGACCAGGCGCCCCUCGGGCCCGAGCCCCCGUCCUUGUCGGGCUGCGGCGUCCCCGGAGGGCGUGGCCGGCGCGCCUCACCUGGCCGCUCGUUGCAGGUGCGCGGCCCGAGCAGGGCACCGGGCGAUGCCCGACCCCGCGUCCCUCUGUCGCCAUGGAAGAGGCCCCUCUGCUGGGCGCGAUGUCCGGCCCCGACGAUGAGAUGGUGACCGACCUUUUCUGCCCGGAGCGGCCCUUGGUCCCGGAGGGCCUGGCCCUGAGCCCCGCCGUCGGGGUGAAGCUCGAGCAGGACGAGCUGCCCGUGCUGGGCGACGCCUACCUGGGCGCCGCGGACCCCGCCGAGCCGCUGCUGCGCGCGCUCAGCCCGCCGCCCGGCGCCCACUGCCCGGGCGAGGUGCAGGCCGCGCUGCUCGGGGACUUCCCCGGGCUCCCCGAGCUGCGCGCCCCGGAGGACGCCGCGCCGCCCGCCUACAGCGUGCACGUCCUGUCCUCGCUGCUGCCCGCGCCGCGCGGCCCGGCGCUGGUGCCGCUGGGGGCCGGAGUGCGGGUGAUUCCAGUUGAGAUCAAGGAAGGGGGUGGCAGUGUCGCAAGUGACAACCCCGAGGAAGCAGCCUUCCAGAGUCCUCUUGCUCAGGAGUCCUUUUGCACCUUCCUGUCAUCCCAAGAAGCAGAGGAUACCCCUGGCUGCUCUCGCAAGAAGGACUCCGGCCCGAUGGUGAUAUGUCAGUUGAAAGGGGGGGCACAGAUGCUGUGCAUAGAGCAUUCUGGCACAAGAGAGCUCAAGGCCCUUCACUUGGUUCCCCAGCAUCAAGACCAGAAUAAUUAUCUACAGUCAGAUGUCCCAAAGCCAAUGACUACUUUAGUAGGAAGAUUUUUGCCAGUACCAGCAAAAUUAAAUCUCAUUGCACAACAACUGGACAGCGGGGCCCGCCCCUCGGCAGUUACCGGGCCUGCUUUCCCCACAGGAUCAGCUCUUCCAGGACCACCAAAAAUCGCUUUGGCUGGGUACUGCGACUGCUUUGCCAGUGGGGACUUUUGUAACAAUUGCAAUUGUAACAACUGUUGCAACAAUUUGAGACAUGAAAUUGAACGCUUUAAAGCCAUUAAGGCUUGUCUGGACAGAAAUCCUGAAGCGUUCCAACCAAAAAUCGGGAAAGGAAAGCUGGGGGCCGCCAAGCCGCGGCACACCAAGGGCUGCAACUGCAAGCGGUCGGGCUGCCUGAAGAACUACUGCGAGUGCUACGAGGCCAAGAUUAUGUGCUCUUCUAUUUGCAAAUGUGUCGGUUGCAAAAACUACGAGGAGAGCCCAGAGCGAAAGACGCUGACGAACAUGCCAAGCUACGUGGAGAUGGCGGAUCUUGAAGGCAGCCAUCAUUUGUCACCAACUAAAUUUUCAGGACUACCGAGGUUCAGAAAAGACAGGCGGCUCUCCUCCUGCAUCUCCUGGGAGGUGGUGGAGGCCACCUGCGCCUGCCUGCUGGCUCAGGGCGAGGAGGCGGAGAAGGAGCACUGCUCCGAGUGCCUGGCAGAGCAGAUGAUCCUGGAGGAAUUCGGAAGAUGUUUGUCGCAGAUUCUCCGCAUCGAGUUUAAGUCCAAGGGGUUGAAAAUCGAGUCAAGUACCAUGUAGUAUAGCAAGCCCUGAGUGCAUGCAAACACGUACCUCGGCGUUCUGAGGAAGCUCUGGUUCAGAAAGGGGGUUGGAGGAGCAAGAGGCCAGCCUGCGGCCACACGAGCCUAACAAAGCUGAGCUCUUAGCUGGGCGCAGUGACGCACGCCUGUCAUCCCAGCAGCUUGGGAGGCUGAGGCAGGAGGAUCACAGGUUCCAGCCAGCCUCAGCAACUUGGAGAGACCCUGUCUCAGAAUAAAAUAAAAAACAAAAAGGGCUGGGAAUGUAGCUUAGUGGUAGAGCAUCCCUGAUACCAAAAGUAAAUAAAAUAAAACCUGACGGAGCUCUGGUCUGCACCAGGCCUGGAGAGUUGCCCGAGGUGCUCAGCAGGGCGCCUUGUUUGAGGAAGGCAUGGCACAGGAGUCUUCUCUCCAGGGAGUGGGCUGCCCUGCAGGGAAAACCAGGGUGGUUUUGCUUUUUGUUUGUGUGUUUUGUUUUUCAAAUGAUUUAGAAGUAAAUUCUCCAGAGAGCUGUUAUGGUGUGACAUACAGUUUCUGAGGAGCCACUGAGCACCUCAGAGCACAUCUGCAGUGUGGAGGGUCCCCCAAGACUCACAGGGUCACCAGCCUUCCAAUGCCACCAGGACCGACAGGUGGGGCCCACAGGCCAGGCUAGCAGCAGGAGGGCUGAGUCGCAGGACUUCAAAUUGUAUUUAGUUUCUCAUACAUUUCUACUUGAAUUGAGGAAAAGCUCUAUUAUCCGAUUAACUUCUCCAGAAUGAUUGUUAUUAUUAAAUGUAAAACACGGCUAGAGUAAUUAGUUUGCAGAAGCCAGCACAUAAGAUUGGUUAUUAUAAUGACUCUUUUGGUUCUAUUAUAAACGUAAAGAUUAAUAAAAAUUUCCAAAGUC